AUGCUUUUGCACAGUGGAGAACGCCCCCAUGAAUGCGGUACAUGCAACAAGACAUUCACACAAUCAGGUGAUCUGAGAAAACACAUGCUGAUUCACAAUGGUGAGCGCCCCCAUGAAUGCAGUAUAUGCAACAAGACAUUCACACAAUCAAGUAAUCUGUAUAAACACAUGCUGAUUCACAAAGGAAUAAGCCCCCAUCAAUGCGAUGUUUGUAAUAGGACAUUCAAAGAAUCAAGUAAUCUGAAGAGACACAUGCUAAUUCACAAAGGACUACGCCCCCAUGAAUGUAAUGUUUGUAAUAAGGCAUUCACACAAUUAGGUACUCUGAAACAACACAAGGUGAUGCACAAAUCAAUACGCCCCCAUCAAUGCGGUAUAUGCAACAAGACAUUCACGCAAUCAAGUAAUCUGAAUAAACACAUGAUCAUUCAUAUUGGUGAGCGCCCGCAUGAAUGCACUUUAUGCAAUAAGACAUUCACAGAAUCGAGUAAUCUGAGAAGACACAUGCUAAUUCACAAAGGACUACGUACCCAUGAAUGUAAUGUUUGUAAUAAGGCAUUCACACAAGCAGGUUCUUUGAAAAAACACAUGGUGAUUCACAAAUCAAUACGCCCCCAUCAAUGUGAUGUUUGUAAUAAGACAUUCACGGAGAAAGGUAAUCUCAAACGUCACAUGAAAAUUCACAAUUGA